GUGUUACACUGGCAGCGCAUGCGUACUUCACUCUUAACUGGACUCAAAACAGCAACACUGUGACAACUUUUAAACAUUUGUUUUUUAAGUCAAAGUGUGGCUCACGACCCGUGCGUUACACCGAGGAUUGUUGACGUUCGACAGAGAGCUGGACACCAGAGUCCGGUUUGAAAAUAAGUGAUUAAAGGGUUUUCUGGAGCAGGAAGAUUGGGGUAGGCGGACGUCUCGAAUAACGACACACAGUGAGGAGACCAUGUGGUGGUUCCAGCAGGGUCUGUCCUUCCUGCCUGCGGCGCUGGUUGUCUGGACAGCAGCGUCCUUUGUCUUCGCUUACAUCACAGCGGUGUCGCUGAAACACGUGGAUCCUCUGGUGCCCUACAUCAGUGACACAGGAACGAUGGCACCAGAAAGGUGUGUGUUUGGCAUAAUGCUGGAUGUGUCAGCCUUUUUAGGGAUAGCCACGGUGUACGUGCGUUACAAACAGGUGGAGGCUCUAACAGAUGAAGACGAGUUCAAAAUGCACAGACUGAACCGCUUCGGGCUGCUGCUCGGCUUGAUCAGCUCUUUUGGUAUGUGCGUGGUCGCAAACUUCCAGAAGACCACGCUGUUCUCCAUGCACCUGGUUGGGGCGGUGCUGACUUUCGGGAUUGGGGCUCUCUACAUAGUGGUUCAGACGCUGCUCUCGCUCCACAUGCAUCCUCACGUUCACAGCAAGACCACCUACCUGGUCCGGCUCGGCGUCGGACUCUGGACCAUGAGCAGCAUCAUCAGCAUGUUCGUAUCGUCCGUCAUCAUGUACUGCAGUCUGCCGGGAGUGGACGUACCUCGCAAACUGCACUGGACUCCUGGAGAAACGGGUUACACGGCUCACAUUAUCAGCACGGUGUCUGAAUGGUCCCUCGCCUUCUCCUUUAUCAGCUUCUUCCUUACCUUCAUCCGAGAUUUUCAGAAAAUUAAUUUGCGAGCUGAAGCAGAUGUGCAGAGCAGCCACCUGUACGACAACUGGCCACACGAUGGCGUCGCAGCGUCCCAUUUCAACCGGGAAGCCUCUGAGUCUUCUCCACUGCUGGCCGGAGGAACAUGACCAGCUGCAGAGCACCCGGCUGCGUUUACACCAGUUUUAACUCUUUCUAAUCAUGCUUAAAGGCUUUUUAGAAAGGCUCUCUUAAAGCUCGUUCUGUGGCUUGUAAA